AUGGUCCUGAAAAGAGGGAAGACAUUCAAAAACAAUAAUGAAACUUCAAAUCUACCUCCAGGCCCACCGAAACUGCCUCUGAUUGGAAAUUUGCACCAGCUUGUUGGCUCUCUACCACAUCGCAGACUCAGAGAUCUGGCCAAGAAAUCAUGGACCCUUUAUGCAUCUCCAGCUUGGAGAAUUUCUGCGGUUAUUGUUUCAUCGCCAGGGUUCGCGAAAGAAGUGAUGAAAACUAUGAUAUUAUUUGCAUCAAGGCCUUAUAAUCGAGCAGCAAGAUAUCGCAAGGCACUGGGAGGGUUUAAUAUUGCAGAUCUGUUUCCUUCCGUUAAUUGCUCGAAUCCAUCAGUGGAACGAAUCGUUAUUUGCGAAGCGGCAGAAGAAUCUGACAGAGUAAUUGAAAACAUUACAACGAACGCAAGAAGUCUGAAAAGAGUGAAGGACAUAACAUCUGGUUGUUCUCUUGAAACUUCAAGAGCAAAACGAUCUCAAUUUCCAUUAACUAACGAAAACAUCAAAGCGGACAUGUUUGGUGCUGGCAUCGAGACUUCUUCCACAGUACUAGAGUGGACAAUUUCUGCAUGA